AUGUACAAGGCCCGCAAACGCCAAGCGACCCCCGCCACAUCGACCCGAGCGAGUACACCCGCCGAGUCUGUUGCUACCAAGAAGCAGAGGAUGGCCUCGGGGGGCGGAAGACCGGUGGGGCGCAGUCAGCAACCGACGCCCACUGCAACGUCGAGGAGGGAGAAUACGUUGGCGGACGAUACUGGAAGCGUCAGUGGCAGGCAGGAUGAAAGCGAGGCGGAGCGAGGGGACGUAAUACUUGAGGGCGAGAUGAAGGAGCAGAGGAUACUCUCGCUACAUGGGCCUCACGGUGGGAAUCUAGCUGCUGCUUGGUACGACCCGGAAGAGAGAAAGAUACAGAUAUUGGAGGAUACUAAAGACACCAUGAGUUGGGAUUUGGCAGUGCUCUUGUUGGAGCAGAUCCGACCCACCCUUGUGAUCAUGAGUAGCAAGAGCCAUACUAGUCUCAUUGAGAGGGUUGAUCUAUACCGUGAAGAGAAUGAAGCUGAGCUGCUACUCCUCCCAUCCCGCUCCUGUUACCCCAAAUCCGCCUCAAUCUCCCUCACAUCCAUCCGCCUGCCCGAUCCAUCCCGAUCCGCCAUCGCUGCCCCCGAUACUACAGAUCAAACAGAAUACGACGGAGAAGGCUUCAGCGCGAGAGGAGAGUGGAAGGAAGCUGGGGCUGGAAUGGGAGCGUACAGGCUGAAUUUGGUCAAGCUCGGAUGUUGGGUAAACGUCAAUGCGCCCUUGGCUAUUGUUGCGGCUGGAGUCCUCGUAGAGCAAGUCAAAAAGUGUCGGGCGAUGGAGAUCAUGCCAGGGGAGGAAUACUUUUCUGGUCUGGAGUUGACCGCGUUAGAGAGUAUGGAUCUUGAGAUGCAUAUGCAGAUCAACAAGGACGCGUUGACAUCUCUGGCCAUCUUUGACGUCGAGUCUCACGGUUUCAUGUACUCUGAUAAGGAGAAGCAAGCGCUGUCAAUGUUCGGCAAGCUCGACUCGACUGUCACACCCCUCGGCCGCAAACUACUCCACACCUGGCACCUCCGCCCCUUACUCAACCUCGACGAAAUCGCUCAUCGCCACGACGCUGUAGCCCUCUUCUCGGCGACAGAGAACGAGUAUGUGGUAUCGAGCCUGAGGAAGGUUAUGAAAGGGGUGAGGAACGUACCGGCUAGAGUGACCAGGUUGCAGUCUGGGAGAGGGAGUUAUGUGGAGUGGAAGUGUCUUGUGGAUGCUUUGACGGCGGCAUUGGAGAUACGGGGAAUCGUUUGUGAAUUGUCAACUUCAAGCUCGAUUCCUAUCGUCAACAAGGUUCGGCAUGUCAUCACAGACGACUUGGUCGUAUUCUGCCAAGACAUGAAUACCGUCAUUGAUUGGGAUACAUCAAGACUAGAAGGUCGAGUAGCUGUACGGCCCGGUAUCGACGAAGAGCUCGACGAGUGGAGAGAAGUGUAUGCCGGUCUUGAAGCUACCCUCAACCAAGUAGCACGAAUGAUCUCCCCGCAAGUGCCACCCGGUAUCUCCCACAGUAUCAACGUAGUCUACCUUCCCCAACUUGGGUAUUUGGCGGUGAUACAAGCAGAGACGGAGGAGACGCCCGAGAUACCCAGAUGGGAGAAUAGGUUUCAUACGGAGGAUAGGUUUUAUUACAAGACGAGAGAGAUGGAGGAUUUGGAUGAUCAUUUUGGGGAUUUGGUUACGCUCAUGAUUGGUAAAGAGAUAGAGAUCGUCCAGCGUUUGACGGAAUAUCUCAAAGGGUAUGAACCGUCCAUUCUGAGUACUGUCGAAGUCAUCGCCGAGCUUGAUUGCAUCCUAGCACUAUCCAAAGCAGCUCGAGACUACGGACUCAAACGGCCGACCAUGUCGAAUGAUCCUGUACUCAAAAUCAGGAAAGGCCGGCACAUUUUGUAUGAGAGCUUGGUACCGCAUUAUGUGGAGAAUGAUACGGUGAUAGCAGGAGGAGGGAGGGAUGAUCUAGCUAGUAUGAUGAUUAUUACGGGGGCUAAUGGAUCUGGCAAAUCGGCUUAUGGCAAGCAGGUUGCGCUGAUGGCAUUUAUGGCGCAGAUUGGAAGCUUUGUACCAGCAGAAGAAGCUGUCAUUGGUAUAUGCGACAAAAUAUUCACCCGCCUCCAAACGCGCGAAUCGUCUUCUCGCCCAGCGUCUGCAUUCAUGAUCGACCUCGGCCAAAUCUCCCAAGCGCUCCGGGGCGUGACGGAACAUUCAUUGGUGGUGAUUGACGAGUUUGGGAAGGGCACGAUACCGAGUGAUGGGGCGGGUUUGUUGGCGGGGACGAUAGAGUUUCUUUUGGGGGGAGUAUGCCCGAGGAGUGUCGUCAUGACUCAUUUUCAUGAGUUGUUUGCGAAUAAGAUCAUUAAGGAGGAAGCGUAUCCUGUGAAGUUUUGUCAUAUGAAGACGAUGGUGCUUGAGGGGACUGAUCAUUUGGAAUACUUGUACAAGCUGGUGCCGUCGAUGAAUUUGUCGUCUAAUGCGGCAGAGUGUGCGUUGAGACAUGGGAUCCCACCAAACAUUGUCGCUCGCGCGAAAACAGUCACCGACCACAUAUCCCGAUUCGAUAUCUCCUCACUCCUCGACGCGACCCUCACCCCUCAAAACCUACUCGAAGUCACAGCUUCCGAAGAGCUCGCCAAGAAGUUUCUAGUGUGGAAGAUCGAUCCGGAGGAAGGAGGGGAGGAGGGAGUGAUGGAUGUGUUGAAGGGGAUGAUUGAAGAGACUGAGAGGGUUAUGGAGAGGACAGAGACCGGGGCGCGGACGGGGGCUGAGGUGGGGAGUGAGAUUGGAUUUGGGGAUGAGACAGAGGAGGAGGGUGAUAGUGAGGAUCAGACGAUCUAG